AUGGGUUUCAGACUUAAUAAUGAUGUGGAAGAGAACUCUUGUACAUAUGAUGAUGACCGUGAUAUUCUCCUCAAGUAUGAUGCUGGGCGAAGUCCUACCAACGAAAUUUUAUCUUGGGAAGACCCGGCAUUGGAAGUCUACCAUGUUAUGGACAAAUAUGGAUUCAUUCACAAUCACAGACUGCCAGAGAAGCUGACAGCUCAUGAAAUGAAGGUUCGUGAAAGGGAGCAAGAAAGAAUUGGAAAAUGGCUAAAAAUGAUGAAAAAAUGGGAUAAAUAUUGUGAUAGUGUAAAAUUACGUGAGAGGGUGUACAAAGGUAUCCCAAAUUCUGUCCGUGGAGAAGUGUGGUGCAGGUUGUUAGGUGUUCCGCAGAUCAAGAUGGAACAGGAAGGAAAGUAUGAGGAGAUGGUUCAGCAGGCUCGAAUACAUUCAAAAGAUAUCAAGCAAAUAGAUCUGGAUGUUAAUAGAACUUUCAGAAAUAACAUUAUGUUCAGAGAAAGAUAUGGACCGAAACAGCAAUCUCUUUUCCAAGUGCUAACAGCUUAUUCAGUUUACAAUGCUGAAGUGGGUUACUGCCAAGGAAUGAAUCAGAUUGCUGGUCUCUUACUUAUGUUUAUGAAUGAUGAGGAUUCAUUUUGGGCUUUAUCAGUUUUGAUGUCUGAUCAGAAACAUGCAAUGCAUGGGUUCUUUAUUCCUGGUUUUCCGAAACUGAAACGGUUUCAAGAGCACCACGAUCAACUACUGACCAAAUAUCUUCCAAAAUUGAAAAAGCAUAUGGACAAGUUUGGAAUUCAUAGCAGCUUGUACACUUUGAAAUGGUUCUUCCAGUGUUUUCUCGAUCGUGUGCCUUUUACGUUAACUCUCCGCCUUUGGGAUGCUUAUAUUUUAGAUGGUGAAGUCAUUCUUACUGCCAUGUCUUUCACAUUAAUGAAGCUUCACCAAAAAACCCUUCUCAAAAUGGAGAUGGAAGACUUGAUUGAGUUUCUUCAAAUAAAGCUAGAGCAGGACUUUGGCUACCAGGACGAUUCUGCUAUUGAGGCCCUCUUAAUGAUAAUAGAAGACCUCAGGAAAAAGAGGCUGCACCUGCCAGGAGAACCAAUGCCUGAUGAGCUUCCCCAAAAGCCUUUUGGACUCAUCCCCAAGAGGACUCAGAGUGAACAAUUUCCUAGAAAGACUUUUGCCAAUGGUAAUAAAACCAACUUCCAUGAGACUCUUUCCCUCGAGAGCUUCAGCUCUUCAGAAAACAGAACCCAACUCAAGUCUUUCCAAAGCGUUUCUGAAAGUUCCUGUGAUGAGAGAGACUUUUCAAGUCCACAACCUCUCCAAAGGUCUCUUUCCUUUUACGACAACGUCGACCUGGAGGAGAGCAUGAGAGCUUCCUCGCUUCAGUCCACUUUUUUAGGACCGACUCUUCCAUCCAGUAAAGUAUAA